AAAAUCAUCCAAACACCGACGGCCCCCGCCACCCUCCCUCAUAGUCAGAAGCAAAUCAAACUUAUUCUUCUCUCAGACUCUCACACUCGCUCACGGAACGUUCACAUCCAUGGCGGCAAUCCGAUUGGCGCCGGAAGAAUCCUCCGACCUCGUUCAGCACCAGCAGCAGCAGCCGCCGCAGCCGCAACAGCACGGUGGUAGAGAAGUCGCGUCGGACGACGAGCGAUCAGUGGCGGCGGACUCUUGGUCGAUAAAGAGCGAAUAUGGCAGCACUCUCGACGACGAUCAGCGGCACGCGGAUGCUGCCGAGGCUCUCUCCUCAGCCGCCAACUUCCGCGCGGCCUCUGACUAUAGCUCUGACAAGGAUGAUUCAGACAACGAAGCAAUGGCAUCAAUGCUUGGCCUUCAGAGUUAUUGGGAUGCAGCAUACGCAGAUGAGCUGGCUAAUUUUCGUGAACAUGGGCACACUGGUGAAAUUUGGUUUGGGGCUGAUGUCAUGGAUGUGGUUGCUUCUUGGACUAAAAGCUUGUGCAUUGAAAUCAGUCAAGAUCAUAUCCCAAAUCAUGUUGAUGAGACAAAGCCUGGGCCCACUGAGCAGGAUGAUAAAUAUUUGUCUUGGAGUGUACUUGACAUUGGCACUGGCAAUGGCCUGCUUCUUCAGGAACUUGCUAAGUACCGGUUCUCAGAUUUAACUGGAACUGAUUACAGUGAAGGGGCAAUUGACCUUGCUAGAAGCCUUGCUGAUCGUGAUGGACUUUCUAAUAUUAAAUUUUUGGUUGAUGAUGUUCUGGAGACAAAGUUGGAAAGAAAGUUUCAACUUGUAAUGGAUAAGGGGACUCUAGAUGCCAUUGGAUUGCAUCCUGAUGGCACAGUGAAAAGGAUCAUGUAUUGGGAUUCAGUUGCAAAGUUGGUGGCUUCUGGUGGACUAUUGGUUAUCACUUCGUGCAAUAGUACAAAGGAUGAACUAGUGCAAGAAGUGGAAAAUUUCAAUCAAAGAUGGAUUGAAAUGACUGAGGAUCCCAACACACCUAAGGACCAAGAAACCUGCACAGAGCCUCCAUUUCAAUAUCUCAAUCACGUUCGGACAUAUCCAACAUUCAUGUUCGGUGGAUCUGUGGGAUCACGUGUUGCAACCGUCGCAUUUCUCCGGAAUUGAAAUCAGUUAGUUCUUUAUUGGGGGUUCGAUUAUUCUUGGUUUACUGUGGUUUAGGAUUGCUCAUCUGCUUCAGUAAGAAAUCAUGGCAAGAGUUGUUAACGUGUUUGAAAAUUAUUUUUUGAAAUUCUGUAUUCCUCUCAUGAUAUUUAUUUGUGUUUUUGUGCAUUAAAAGUUUUGGUUAACAAGAUUAUCUGGUAUAGUCAUCCAUUCUUAUGGAGGAACGUCAUUUGUCAGGUUUUUUAGGGUAUGUUUGAUUUGAGGGAAAACAGAGUAGAGGAAGAGGGAAGGAUGUCGAGCCCUCCCAUUCCCUUCCCCUCUAUUCUAUCUCCCUCAAACUAAACAAACAGUGGAUGCUACUUGCCACAUGAGCAGUUUGUGCUGCUUAUUUGUUACCAUAUGGUGGUAUUGGCCUCUGGAAUCUGGAGGCUGCUAGUAAGGGUAGCAGUUUUUGUUUAAUUGGUGCACCAUGGGUAAAGGUUGGAUGCUGAUCUCUUAAUGCAGUGUAAGUUUUUAUGUUCAAUCAAUCUUUUAAUGCAGU